UCCUGUGGGUCUCAUAUCCGCCGUCAUGAAAGCCGCGGAGUUGGUGGAGCAGCCCCAGGCGCCGAUGGAGGGAGAGUCGCAGGGAGAGGCAGAGCUGAAUGCCGAGGCGGCGGAGGAGCAGGAGGAGCCCGAGGAAGCGGCUUGCAACAGCAGCAGCAGCAAGAAGAAAAAGAAGGUAGUGCCGGGUAUCGUGUACCUGGGACACGUCCCGCCGCGAUUCCGGCCUCUGCACGUACGCAACCUGCUCAGCGCCUACGGUGAAGUGGGACGCGUUUUCUUCCAGGCCGAGGACCGCUUUGUGAGACGCAAAAAGAAGGCAGCAGCGGCCGCGGGAGGAAAAAAGGCAGCUAAAUACAGCAAGGACUAUACAGAAGGCUGGGUGGAAUUUCGUGACAAGCGCGUAGCCAAGCGAGUGGCAGCCAGUCUACAUAACACGCCCAUGGGUGCCCGCAGGCGCAGUCCCUUCCGUUAUGACCUGUGGAACCUCAAGUAUUUGCACCGUUUUACUUGGUCCCACCUCAGCGAACACCUUGCCUUUGAGCGCCAGGUACGCAGGCAGCGCCUAAGAGCAGAGGUCGCCCAAGCAAAGCGAGAGACUGACUUCUAUCUUCAAAGUGUAGAACGCGGAAAGCGCUUCCUUGCAGCUGAUGGGGAUGCUACUCGCCCGAAUAGCUCCUGGACCUUUGCUCAGCGUCCCACUGAGCAGGAGCUGAGAGCCCGGAAGGCAGCACGGCCAGGAGGGCGGGAACGAGCUCGGCUGGCCAAUGCCCAGGACCAGGCCCGAUCCAACAGGGGGCUCCUUGCCAGGAUCUUUGGAGCCCCUCCGCCCGCCGAGAGCAAGGAAGAAUCAUAACCAGUAAAGGACUGCUGAUGGAAAAAGAAGUCACUUUUACCUGCCAGCCCCGCCCUCUGCUGGUCUGCCUCCGGCAGGCUGAAAUGGAGUGUCUAAGUGGAUGUUUUCUCUCUAUUCCGUAGACCUAGAGUCUGGUAAAAGGCUUGGUUUUUUUUGGUGGCCUCUUUUACCCACUCUGAUCAAAUCCUGUAAGUGCCCAGCUGAGAACUGACUCUUACUAUCCAGGAUGAUUACUACUGGAAGUGCCUGUUGGUUUUUAACUUCUGGUUCCUGCCUCUUUCUCUGGGCUCCUAACAAUUUCUGUCUCAAAGAGUGGAUUUGCCUUCCACUAGAGUAGUAAUAAUAAGCCCAUGUGGUCUGUGGUGUUCAUCCACUGUGGUGGGGCAGAAUUGACAGGAAUUGGGUUAGUGGCCCAAUUUGAAAUUUUUGUUUGAAAAUAAAAAAUAAUUAUUUUUAUA